UUAAUUUCAUGAAUUUCAAAUGCGUUGUAGCCAUUAAAACUAAAACUAAUUGCAAAUGCAAUAUUAAAAUUAAUGAAAUUUCCAAAUCAUUAGAAUUACCUUCUCAAGAGGCUUAAUUUUUUGAUAUUCCGUAAAUAUUCCAUUUUACUUUAAACAAAGCCAAAUUCCUGAUCAUAUACUAUUUGAUUUUGAAAAUAUAGCUAUCUUGACUGUACCGGUACCAAAAGAAAAAACAGAUGAAAUUGAACUCACUGAUUCAUUUCAAUUAAAAGACAUGAAAGGAAAAUAUUAUAUUUUGUUUCUUCCAUCUAAAGACAUUAAAUUUGAAACUAAUUAAUCCCAUCAAAGUCCUUUAAGACAUUAUCUAAAAUCCUACUAAACUAGAACUAAAGAGAGAUAAUAAAAAGCAAAGACUUAAUAGUUAAUUAAUUAACCAACUAAUUCUAUAAAACAUCAAAACUAAAAUGAGCUUCUAAAAUAGCAAUAUGAAACAGUUAAAGAAGAGAAUAAAUUAUUGAAAAUGAGAGAAAGAAAUGAUUAUUUGAAUGAAUUAGAAAUAAGCUAAGCUAAAAGAAAACAAUUACAAUAAUUUAUUUCAUAAUUAUCUGAAGAUUUAACGACAUAAAAUGAAACCCUUUAAGAAAAGCAUAAUAGACUUUCUAGUCAAUUAAUAGAAUUGUAAUAAAAAUUUGAUGAUCUUUAAUCACUUUCAAUAGAAUAACAAUCAAAAAUAGAAUAGAUGCAUGAAAUCAUUGAAGAUAAACAAUCAUCAAUUUUAUAAUUGCAAUCCUAAAUUGAAAAUCAAGAUUAAAAUAAAUAGAUGCUUAAUCUAUAUGCAAAAUAGAAGAAAGAUCUUGAAUCAGUAUUGCAAUAAGUUUCAAGUUCAUAUGAAAAGGAUUUGUUGGAAAAACAAUUACAAAUUUAAAGAUUGAAAAAUGAUGAAGUAAUUAAUUAUGUAAAAAAUAGGUAAAAAUCUUAAAACAGAAGCAACAGGAACUAGAAACAGAAAAUGAAUAAUUGAAAUAGAAAAUUUAAGUAUAUGAAGAACAAUUAUAAGGAUUAAAUAAUUAUAUCAAUUAAUAGAAAGUUAAAUUAAAUCUUAUAGAGCAAAAGAACUGUUAGAAUUAAAUAUUUGAGUAGUUAAAUAAUCAAUUAGAAAAAGAUAUAAUCAAUAAAGAUAAAUAGAUAUACACAUUAUAAGAUGACAUUGCACUUUUGUAAAGACAAAUAGGAUUUUAGUAAUUUCGUUAGAAUGAUGAGCUAGAAAAUGAAAUAAUAAAAUUAAAAGAGUAAGUAUCAAAAUUAUAAUUAUAAAUUAAUUCAUUAGAAAGUGAUAAUUCUAAAUUAAGAACUGAAAACCUUAAGAUUGCAGUGCUUUAACAAAAUCUUUAAUCUUUAAAAAUAUAAUACUCAAUUCCAGAUUUUCCUGAUUUGAAGCCUUUAAACUAAAAGGUGUCUUAAUUUUAAAUAUAAAUUGAAAGUUAGAUGAAAGAAGUAUAUAACUUUAUCAAAUAAAUAGUUAAAUAAUUUAAGAUAAACAAUCUUUGAUUUGAGUAAAAAGCAUGAUGAAAAAGAGUUACAUAAUUCUUAAUUGAAAACAAUGAUGACAUAGAUUGUUGAAUCGAAUUAGGCUUAUAUUCCAGCACGAGGAGAUGAUUUGGAUUAGUAGAUUGCCAACUUUAUAAAUGAUAGAGUUGAUAAAGAGAAAUAUAUUCCUUUAUUAAAAAGACAAUCAGAAGGGAUAUAUUUAUAUGGACAUAAGAGAAUUUUUAUUAAAUAAGAAUAAGGAAGAAUCUUGAUAAGAAGUGGAGGAGGCUAUUUAACUAUUGAAGAAUUUCUUGGUUUAAACGAAAGCAAAAUCAAAGAUCUUACUACUGAUGUUAUAAAAAGACAAGCAAUAUAGAAAAAGACAGAAAGGAUGAAAACUAUCAAUUGA